ACCUGAUCCCUUCAAUGGAUUCAUUAGACUCUAGUAUCAUUAUAGCUGGACAGAAGCUCUUUAUCCUACAAGGAGACAGGUCUCACUCACUCCAGUGGGAGAAAUAUGGAUUCAGCUUAGAGUGUCCUCAAGGAGCAGUGUCCAAGGAUACCGAAGUAGCUGUUACUGCACUAGCUGGUGGUAAUUUCAAGGUACCCAAAGGUACUGUGCUAGUGAGUGCAGUAUAUGCAAUAUCAGUAUCUAAGGCACUAUUAAAACCACUGGUAAUAGAGCUGCAACAUUGUGUGGAUCUAAGAAACACUAGUCAGACUGGUUGCCUCAAGUUUGUGAGAGCUCCACUGAAGUUUCCCAAUGCUUACCAGUUCAGUAUAGUUGAAGGAGGAUCUUUUAGUGUAGGGAACAGAUAUGGUUGUAUUGAACGUGAUGAAUUCUGUGCUCUUGGUAUUGCACAUGUUGGUAAUGGAGACAUACCUAAUGGAGGUGGGAAUGGAUCAGAGAAUGAUACACAAACUCAAGGAACAAAUAAUGAUAGUGAGGAGGAGACUAUUGGAGACACACCUAAUGAUAGCAGUAAUGGAGUACAUUCAGAUCUGAUAUUGCUCAUAGAGUAA